AUGGCGGUUCACGAGGGGGUACGCUUGCCAAUGUACGUACACACUUGUGUGAUCGUAAGACGCUGCCUUGAGGCUGGGAUACCGAGCAACGUGAUUUGCAACACGGUGCUUGUUCGUGUGGUUGUAGAGUGGGGCAAUGCAGACUGCGUUUUGGUGUCGCAGGCCCGAAGCUUUGCCUUUGGUGGCUUUGCUGCCAGCACCUGUGGUGCGCAAAUGAUGACCGAUCCGCGCAACUCCCAGCAACAACAGCAACAACAACAAUCGGCCAACAUCUUCUUUCCCGAGGGCAUCAACUUCAAAGCCCCCGCCCAACCGACUCUGCCCGAGCACCUCUUGGCCACCCAGCAACAGCAACAGCAACACUUUCAACAAAUGAUGGCCAACGGCAACACACCCCAGUUGACACUGGUCACCCCCAUGAUGCUCAAGACCCCCACUGGCCUCAAGACGCCCUCGGGCCUUAAGACCCCCGCCUUUUUGAAGCUCAGCCCCGGCUUUAAUUUCGAUGGCUCAGCCUUUUUCCCUUCCAGCGACGAGCCCAGCACUCCCUGGCUUAUGGCGACAGCCCUCUCGGCCAAUACCAACCUCGGCUCCAUCAGCGCCGACCCAGCGACCUCGGACAACUCGGCGCUCGUUGUCCCAAGCGACGCUGCUGCAGAGGUCUCCUCCGCAUCCAACAUGGCCAUUACCUCAGUCGCCAGUUCCAGCCACUCCGCAUUGCCCACCACAAGCGCUGCUGCUCCCAUCACAACCAGCCACGCCUUGGACAACCCCUGGGCUGAACUCAGCAACUCCCCCCUGGGUGACAUGGCCCCCUCGGCCUCGGUCCAGCUUCCCGCCGACGCCUCUGUCAUCUUGGAGGACCUCGAGGCCACCCUCGAUGCCUUCGCACACGACACGGUCGGUGAUUUUCCCCAGGCCGUCGUCUACAACCAACACGACACGACGCUGCAAUUUUCCCUCGUCAACUCGCCCAACGACAAUGACAGCUCAAACCGCUCCAGCUCGUCGGCCUACACCUCGGACGCCUCCUCCAGCCGCAGCUCAGAAUCGGACGCCAAACGCGCCAAGCGUGACCCUGCCCUGGCCUCAAGCAUGAGCAGCGUCGACAGCCAACAGAGCUCCACCCUCGACGCGGCAAGUAGCAAGGGUGCCAAGGCCAAGUCAGCCCGCCGACGCCGCAAGAACAGCAAGAGCAACGUCAAUCGCCGCGUCGCCAACAUGUCCGAGGACAAGCGUCAACAUAUCCGUCGCCUGGCCCGUGAAGCUGCCAAGCGCCGCAAGAACCGCGCCGAAACCGACUGGCAAUCGCGGGCCUCGCACAUUGAGACCCUCGACCAGCACCGUGCCAAUCUCCUCUCCGAGAUUGACUCGUGCAAGGCCAAGAUUCGCGUGCUCCUCGAAGCCGCCAAGGUGCAGAUGGGCGUGCCCAACUAA